AUGUCCGCUGUUGCAACAGCUCCAGUGGUGAAUGGAAAUCACGAGUCUAACAAAGACUCAAACUCUGAGCAUAGCCCUUCGCGGUUUACCGCGGUAAAUGGAAGAGAGCACGGUGCGCCGCCUUAUAAUAACAACAACCAUAGUAUCAGCCAUAACAAUAACAAUAACAAUGGUCCAUCAGAAAAUCCUCCGACCGCACCCCAGAACGAAGAACCACCCACCACCAAUUCUCUGGAGCGCGAUCGUAGUGGCAGGAACUCAGGAACACCUUCUCGCCAACCGGAACAACUCAUCGAAACCACAAAUCACGCAGCUCAGGAUCCCGACGUAUCCUACAUUGCAUCUGACGGGCAGUCCUCAAACGCAAAUCGAAACAAACGAAAACGAUCAGAGACUGAUGAGCGGCAAAGCUCUCCAUCAUUGUAUCAGGGCCAAAGCAUUUCCAGGAGCCCAGUUUCCAAAUCUGAUCAGCAUCUAGAACCGCAGAUUCAAGCUACUGGUCCAAAAGGCGCAACCCCCAUACAGACAUCAUCUGAACUGGAUACAUCUUCUAAAGGAACUAGACAAAAUUUUACGCACGUGGAAAGGGGCGACAGCAUUCAAUCAACUGCCAACACCUCGACCUGGGAUGGUUAUGACGCGCAGCAACUGCCAAACCAUGCUCAACUUGGCCACCAACCCAUCGACUCUUCCGAUGCCCAGCUCGCAGAAGCUCUGCAGCGUGACGUUCAAGGCCCUGACCAUGGCACAAAGAACUGGACACCUGUCCCCCGCCCCGAAGGUGAAUCUGUCGACCAAAAUCGCAGGCUCGCGACUUACAGUGAGACACCACCCCAAGAACGCCCCUCCGGUCCUGUACAGGUUGGCCCUAAAAGAAAGAGAGUUUUCAGCAACCGCACAAAGACCGGUUGCAUGACGUGCAGGAGAAGGAAGAAGAAAUGUGAUGAACAACAUCCCUCAUGCAAUAACUGCUUGCGCGGUGGUUUCUUAUGUGAGGGUUACUCGUCCCGAAGUACGUGGCAGAAGCCCUCCACUGCCAAAGGGCCUGUUCCACUCCAAGCCAAAGACGGCUAUUCUGAGGUCUCCCCUCAGUACAUACACGAUAUCAGCCCCCAACGACACGAGAGGGGUCCAACUACAAUACAUUCAGAUAAUGGCAAGUCUAGACCUAUCCCCAUAGACGAAAACGAGCGUACUGCUUCACAGUACAUCACAAGCCCAACUGGCACGGGAUCUAGAGGUUCGUGGUCGAAAGGUACCUGGCCAUCUGGUCCCUCCUCUUCAACGCCGGAACAUCCUUCCCAAGGAGAGUUUCGAGAUCGUCCCGGUAUUAACAACAUAUCUCGUGCAGAGCAAUCAAAGUCCGAUUAUCAUGCCGCACUGCGGGAAAUGUCUCAUGCCAAUCCUCAUCAGAAACCCGGAAUGCCUGUUUUCCAAGGAAACAUGAGCCAGCGUCCCAAACAUCAACAAUCUCACGUUGACACAAGCAGCUACUCGGCACAGGCUAGAUUAGCUCUCAACCUAGAGCCGCACGUACCCUUUGAGAUCAAGACGGAAAAGGAGAAAAUGCUGGCCGGCGAACCCUACGUAGCCCACAUUGCGCCCCAGCUCAUUAAAGAACGAGAGCGCUGCAAAGCUGCACUAUGGCGAUUUAAUAACGCCGGUAAUCCGAAUCUUGGCAUCGCUCCCCAAGAGCGAACUCGUCUAUUAAAGCAAAUCCUCAUGCCCCCACAAGACCCACAGGAAGACCCAACAACAACUACGAGCACCCCCAUCGGCUCCUUAGGACCUGGCGUCGUGGUCGAAACCCCUUUUAACUGCCAUUACGGCUACAACAUCAACAUAGGCGAAGAUGUGUUGAUAUCCGAGAACUGUCUUCUCGUGGAUGAUUGUGCCAUCACUAUCGGGGCGCAUACGUGGAUAGGUCCUAACGUCACCAUCCUAAGUUCCAUGGCGAUGGGGAGCAUGCAGGAUCGUAAAGGGGCGAAGAGUCGGUACCAGGGUCGCCCUGUCGUCAUUGCUGAAGACUGUUGGAUCGGCGCGGGAGCUACCAUCUUACCCGGUGUGAGUCUGGGGAGGGGCGCGUAUAUUGCUCCUGGGGAAGUUGUCAAGUCCCAGAUUCUGCCGUAUGGGUUUCAAGGGCUGAAGCCGAAUUUCCCGUGA